AUGCGCAAAAAUAACUCGAGAAGCGACCGUCUGACGGCUUUCGAGGCACGAAAAUCGGUCCGUAUGGGAACCAGUCAUCAGAUUUUGCGGGCGAAAGGAAGCACGGCGAACACGUCGCCAAUCGGCGUCGAAGGAAACCGCGGGUUGCCCAGCUCGGUGCGUCACUUUCGCCCCGUCGCGGCACGGGGAAAGUCGCGCGAGUUCAGUCGAGGCGCGGGGAGAGGCUGGGCCGAACGACGGAGUCCACCGACGGAAAGGGGCCGUGGGUCUGGCGGGUGCGUGAUGUCCGCCCUACGGGAGGCCGCGCGGGCGACGCGCGCGCCUCGGAUAAGGAAGCAAGCCAUGGAGCUCACCGAGGCUGCGGCAGCGCGCAUUAAGGAGCUCCUUGCCAAACGCGCCAAGCCGUACCUCAAGAUCGGGGUGCGCACGCGCGGGUGCAACGGGAUGACCUACACGAUGAACUACGCCGACGACGGCGACAAGGGGAAGUUCGAUGAGGUGGUGACACACGAGGCGAGCGGCGUCAAGGUCAUCAUAGAUCCCGCCGCGCUGAUGCACGUCGUCGGCACGAAGAUGGACUUCGUUACGGACAGGUUGCGGAGCGAGUUCGUGUUCGAAAAUCCCAACGCGAAGGGCGAGUGCGGCUGCGGGGAGUCGUUCAACGUGUAGAUCUAGCCGGCGAAACGGCGCGAGGGGUCGCGCGGCGUCACCGUGGAGAGGCCGGACCCACCGUCGACACUUCUUUAGACCUAAAAUUCUUUCCACUAAAUAAACAACGCAAAAAGCACGCGCGA